CUCUCUGUUCCUCUAAACUCCUGAGGCUUGGAGAAAGUAACCUGUCUGUCAGUCUUUCUGCAUUUGAAUGACUGAGCUUGGGCAGGCCUGGUGUUGUGGAGUUUCUUCAGUCCAGGUGCAAAAAAGCCUUGACAAGUUGUAAUCUAGGCAGCAGGCUCCUUGAAGUGUUGACUGCCCAAUUUAAUCAUGAACAUGAUUCAAAAAUGUUAAUAAAUAAACCAAGGGUGGGUGUAGACCAUGGGGAACUCAUAUGCCGGGCAACUGAAGUCUGCUCGAUUUGAGGAAGCUCUCCACAACUCCAUAGAAGCCUCUCUCAGAUGUAGUAGCGUGGUUCCACGGCCAAUUUUUUCCCAGCUCUACUUGGACCCUGACCAGCAUCCUUUUUCAUCUGCAGAUGUCAAACCCAAAGUGGAGGAUCUGGAUAAAGAUUUGGUUCACCGCUACACGCAGAAUGACAGUCUGGAUUUUGCUAACAAUCUGACAGUUAAUGAAAUGGAAGAAGAUGAGGAUGAGGAUGAGAUGUCUGAGUCCAACAGCCCGCCAAUUCCCUACUCGCAGAAACCUGCGCCAGAAGGGUCCUGCACGACAGAUGGUUUUUGUCAAGCAGGAAAGGACCUGCGCUUGGUGUCCCUCUGUAUGGAGCAAAUCGAUAUCCCAGCAGGGUUCCUUCUGGUGGGGGCCAAGUCUCCCAAUCUUCCUGAACACAUCCUGGUCUGUGCUGUAGACAAGCGCUUUCUACCAGAUGACCACGGGAAAAAUGCACUUUUAGGGUUUUCUGGUAACUGUAUCGGCUGCGGAGAAAGAGGAUUUCGGUAUUUCACGGAAUUUUCCAACCACAUUAACUUGAAGCUCACCACCCAGCCAAAGAAGCAGAAGCACUUAAAGUACUACCUAGUCAGAACCUCCCAGGGUGUGCUGUCCAAGGGGCCGCUUAUCUGCUGGAAAGAAUGUAGAAGCCGACAAUCCUCUACUACUUGCCACUCUAUUAAACCGAACUCUUCAGUAUCAACCGUCACCCCCGAAAAUGGGACAACUAAUGGAUACAAAGCAGGAUUCACUCAGACAGAUUCUCCAGUUCUCAGUCCAGCUAGUUCUGCAAUCAACUUAAGUGGCGCUCAGGACCUGACCCGGAAUAAGAAUAUUGUGAAACCACUGGCUUUAUCUUUGCAGACGAUGGGGAAGACUUUUGGCCCAGACGCUGCCAAUGGGAGCGGGAGCCUUGCAGGGAAGCCGGCGCCCAGCUUCACCCCAGCCCGCCCCGGGAGCUACUCCUUGUCACCACGACCCAGCUACGCAGCUGUAGACCAAGCUGCCAUGUUCACUUCUGGGCCACCAAAGAAACGGCACCGGGGAUGGUGUCCCGGCUCCCCUGUCCCCCAACCUGGUUUAGUUGUACCUGUUCCUACAGUUCGCCCCCUUUCAAGAACUGAACCCCUUUUAUCUGCCCCAAUUCCACAGACCCCAUUAACUGGAAUUUUACAACCUCGGCCCAUUCCUGCAGGGGAAACUGUAAUUGUUCCUGAAAACCUGCUGAGUAACUCAGGAGUUAGACCAGUAAUUCUGAUAGGCUAUGGCACUUUACCCUAUUUCUAUGGAAAUGUCGGUGACAUUGUGGUGAGUCCGCUGCUGGUGAAUUGCUACAAGAUUCCACAAUUGGAAAACAAAGAUUUGGAACAAUUAGGGUUGGCUGGCAGCCAACUCCUGAGUAUGGAAAAUCUGAUCCUUCUGACGAUACAGUAUCUCGUGCGGCUUGGUCCCGAUCAGAUUCCUCUCAGGGAAGAAUUUGAGCAGAUUAUGCUGAAAGCUAUGCAGGAAUUUACUCUGAGAGAGCGAGCCCUGCAGGUGGGCCCUGCCUGCAUCCCUGUGUCCCCAGGACAGCUCCCCUGGCUUGCUAGAUUAAUCGCCAGCGUGUCCCAAGACUUGGUCCACGUGAUGGUGACCCAGAACUCUUUGGCCGAGGGCAUUUCAGAAACUUUGCGGAUCCUCAGUGAAAUGAGACACUACCAAAGGCUUCCAGAUUAUGUUGUGGCAAUUUGUGCAUCAAAAAUCAGAGGAAAUGAAUUUUGUGUGGUGGUACUAGGUCACCAUCAGUCUCGGGCUCUGGCCGAGAGCAUGCUCACCACGAGUGAGUUUUUGAAAGAAAUUAGUUAUGAGCUCAUCACGGGAAAGGUCAGUUUCCUGGCAUCACAUUUCAAAACCACGUCACUAGGCGAUGACCUGGACAGGCUGCUAGAAAAAAUGCACCAAAGCAGAGGGGAUAGCGUGGUCACCCCAUUCAACGGAGACCUCAGUGAAUGUGUGUCACCACAGGAGGCUGCUGCUAUGGUUCCCACGCAAAACCUGGAUUUAGAUAAUGAAACCUUCCAAAUUUAUCAACCACAACUUACAGUGGCCAGAAAACUCUUAUCCCAGGUGUGUGCCAUUGCAGACAGUGGCAGCCAGAGCCUGGACCUCGGCCACUUCAGCAAAGUGGACUUCAUCAUCAUCGUCCCACGGUCGGAGGUUCUGGUCCAGCAAACUCUGCAGCGGGUUCGACAAUCAGGCGUCCUUGUAGACCUGGGCCUGGAGGAGACGGCCACGGCGCACCAGAGGGCGGAGAAGUACGUGGUGCGCCUGGACGGGGAGCUGCAGAGCAAGCUGGAAGCGUUCCUGCGGCGGGUGCGGCAGAACCCCUACACGCUCUUCGUGCUCGUCCACGACCACGCGCACGUGGAGCUGACCAGUGUCAUUUCAGGGUCCCUGUCACAUGGGGAGCCCAGCCAUGGCCUGGCGGACAGAGUCAUUAACUGCAGAGAAGUCCUGGAAGCUUUCAACCUCCUGGUGCUACAGGUCAGCUCCUUCCCAUACACCCUGCAGACCCAGCAGUCCCGGAUCAGCGCCAGCAACGAGGUACACUGGAUGCAGCUGGACCCCACGGAGGAUGCGAGCUGCGGGGAGAAGCUGUACUUUGGCCUGAAUGAGUACAGCAAGUCCCUGCAGUGGGGUGUCACCUGCCCACUGCUGAGGUGUGACGAGACCUUUGAGAAGAUGGUGACCACACUCCUGGAGAGGUACCCGCGGCUGCACAGCAUGGUCGUGCGCUGCUACCUGCUCAUCCAGCAGUAUGCGCAGGCGCUGAUGGCACUCACCACAGUGGCUGCGCUGCGUGACCACAGCACGCCCGAGACGCUGAGCAUUGUGGACGACCUCAUCAGCUCCCCGGGCAAGAACGCGAGCGGCCGGGGUCACAUGCUCAUGAUCAGGGUGCCCUCGGUACAGCUGGCCGUCCUGGCCCAGGAGCGGCUGCAGGAGGUGCGCGACCAGCUGGGCCUGCAGUACCGCUUUGAGAUCGUCCUGGGCAACCCGGCCUCAGAGCUCAGCAUCGCCCCGCACUUCGUGGCGCGACUGAAGACGUGGCGGGGAAACGAGCUGGAGGAGUGGGUGCCGCGGACGUAUCAGGACCUUGAAGGACUGCCGUGCAUCGUGAUCCUGACUGGCAAAGACCCGCUCGGAGAGACCUUUCCGAGGUCCCUCAAGUACUGUGACCUCCGCUUAAUCGACUCGAGCUACCUAACACGCACCGCCCUGGAGCAGGAGGUGGGCCUGGCCUGCUGCUACGUCUCCAAGGAGGUCCUGAGGGGGCCCACAGCCGUGCUCGACCUCAGCGGGAAGGAGACCGAGAGGCCGCUGGCCAGUGAGCACGACCUGGAGAUGGACCGCGACCCCGACCCCGACCCCGACCGCGACCCCGACCCCGACGAGCUGCUCGCCGACCUGGAGCGGCCGCAGAGCAACAGCAGCGCCUUCACUGGAACCUCGGGUUCCGUCAUGGAGAAUGGCGUGAGCUCCUCCAGCACGGCUGGCCAGGCCCAGCGACGGCCCGCGAGCCCUGGCCCCCAGAGCCCAGCCAGCAGUGCGGGGCCCAACGAGGCCGGCGACGCCCCGCGCCCAGAGUGCGACUCCAGGGGCUCCGCUGCGCCUGGGCCCAAACCCCCGCCGCCCGUGCUGCCACCUGUGGUGAUCCUGUCACGCGCCGCCUACCGCCUGCUGGGCGCCCCGCGCGGCGCAUCAUCUGCGCUGUCCUCCUCCCUGCUGCCACAUGCAGAUGUGGCCUGGGUGAGCGCGCUGCGGCCGCGGCCGAAGGGUGACGCAAGUGACGAGGAGCUCUCACGCUACUACCGGCGCUGGACCACAGCGCGACAACACCACGCUGACCACGGCCACAGGCCUGACGCCGCAGCGGGCGCACACAACGGCCACCCGCGCCGGCUGCUGCUCACCGGGCCACCGCAGGUGGGGAAGACCGGCUCCUACCUCCAGUUCCUCAGGAUUCUCUUCCGCAUGCUCAUCCGGCUGCUGGAGGUGGACGUGUUCGACGAGGAGGAGAUUAACGCGGACCACAGCGAAAGCAGCCUUUCCAGCCAGGCUGAUGGGGAGCCGUGGCCUGACCUAGAGAGCUUCAGCAAGAUGCCUUUCGACGCGAGCGUGCACGACCCCAAGUACCGCCGCAUGAGCCUGGUGUACACUGAGCAGCUGGGGGGCAUCAAGCGAGAGGUAUCACAGGAGAGCAAAGGCCAGGAGCCGCGGAAGCGAGAAACCGUGUCCAUGAUGCUGACCCAGUACGCAGCCUACAACACUUUCCACCACUGCGAGCAGUGCCACCAGUACAUGGAGUUCACCGCUGCCUCCCAGAUGUCAGACUCCACCCUUCACGCAUUCACGUUUUCCUCCUCUAUGCUGGGAGAAGAGGUGCAGCUGUACUUCAUCAUCCCUAAGUCCAAAGAAAGUCACUUCGUCUUCAGCAAGCAGGGCAAACACCUGGAGAGUAUGCGGCUGCCUCUGGUCUCGGAUAAGGUGGGUCAGGCCGGGCGAGGCCCGCGGCCGCUGGACUGGGUCUCGUCUCUCACGGUUUUACCUCCCUUUUGCUCUAUCGUUUUGCUUCCUUUUCAGCAGAAUUUGAAUGCAGUCAAGAGCCCUAUUUUCACUCCUUCCAGUGGUCGCCACGAGCAUGGACUCCUAAACCUUUUCCACGCCAUGGAGGGCAUCAGCCACCUUCACCUGCUGGUGGUCAAAGAAUAUGAGAUGCCGCUGUACCGCAAGUACUGGCCCAACCACAUCAUGCUGGUGCUCCCUGGCAUGUUCAAUAACGCAGGCGUAGGUGCUGCCAGAUUCCUCAUUAAGGAGCUGUCGUAUCACAACCUAGAGCUGGAGAGGAACCGCCUGGAGGAGCUGGGCGUUAAGCGCCAGUGCGUGUGGCCUUUCAUUGUGGUGAUGGAUGACUCGUGUGUCCUGUGGAAUAUCCACAGUGCUCAGGAGCAGACCAGCCAGUCUGUGGAAGCAGGAGUUUCCAGUAAGAACGUGUCCUUGAAAAGUGUCCUGCAGCAUAUCGAAUCGACACCGAAAAUCAUUCACUAUGCGAUCCUGGGCAUACAGAAGUGGAGCAGCAAACUGACACCUCAGAGCCUGAAGGCCCCAUUCUCCAGGUGCCACGUACACGACUUUAUUCUCCUCAACAUUGACUUGACUCAGAAUGUGCAGUAUGACUUCAACAGGUAUUUCUGCGAAGAUGUAGACUUCAACCUGAGAACCAACAGUAGUGGCCUGCUUAUCUGCCGCUUCAACAACUUCAGUCUCAUGAAGAAGCACGUGCAGGUUGGCGGGCAGAGGGACUUCAUCAUUAAACCAAAGAUCAUGGCAUCCGAGAGCACGGCUCCCAUCGGGCCCCUACAGUACGUGUGCGCCCCUGACAGUGAGCACACGCUGCUGGCUGCCCCAGCCCAGUUCCUCCUGGAGAAGUUCCUGCAGCAUGCCGCCUACAAGCUCUUCCCCAAAGCCAUCCACAACUUCAAGAGCCCCGUGCUGGCCGUCGACUGCUACCUUAAUGUCGGGCAGGAGGUGGCCAUGUGCUACGUCAGCUCCAGACCACACUCCAGCAACGUCAAUUCUGAAGGGGUGUUUUUUAGUGGACUUCUCUUGUACCUCUGUGACUCUUUUGUAGGUGCUGAUCUUCUUAAGAAAUUUAAGUUUCUAAAAGGUGCUACCCUGUGUGUCAUCUGCCAAGACAGAAGCUCCUUACGGCAAACAAUUGUCCGCUUAGAGCUGGAGGAUGAGUGGCAGUUCCGCCUCCGGGACGAAUUUCAAACUGCAAACAGCAGUGAGGACAAGCCUCUCUACUUUCUCACAGGACGCCAUGUGUGAGCCUCGAGGAGACCAACACUAGCGAAGGGACAGCAAGGUGGGGCAAGAUAGAAACAACUGGGGAUUUUUUUUUCUUUAAAGUACAAUCACUGUGGAGCAAAGUGCAACAUAUUUCUACUAUCUCCAAAGAACUCCCCAAAUCUGACCCAGGUCUUUGGGGACAUCACAGUCCUUCAGGUCUGAUUAUAGGACCUUUGGUUCAGGUGAACUUCACCACAGACGGUUACACAGUGAGGAUGCCGUCUGCCUGUGGGAGCGGAGGAGACAGGCGUGGAGAACCCUGGAGUCAGCAAGGAUUUCCUACUACACUAUGCUAGGGGAAAGUGUCAGCAUUAGCCAGCUUGACUGUGUCACAAGUCACACCGCUGGUGUGGAAUUACCUGAAGAUUAAUGUUUGAGGCCUAAGCCCUCAGCUUCUCUUCAGAUCUGUACUUUGGUACAGUAUUACUCAGGGGUCUGAUAUGAUAGAAUGUAGAAGAUAUUUGUAUUUAAAAAAAGAAGUAGCUUUGUCUUUCUGUGCAGUGUUAGUUUAAAAUUUAUAAUCUUGUAUGUAUUGAUGAAAUUUGGCAAAAUUUCCACAGGAGUUAAAAGUUUACUAUUUAAACUGAACAAGUAAAUCAGUAAAUGCAGAGCAGGCAUUGUAUGCAAAUGAAGCUUCUCCUAGCUCACUUCCUAUGCUUUUCCCCUUCCUUUUAAAACUCUUCCAAGUCUUUAAGUACCAGUCACGGUUAUUAACCUUGUGCAAGAACUCCAUGCGGUACCAGCAGGGCCAGCUCAGGGGCUCACAGCAGUUAACCUGCACAAGUCCUGGCUGGGCAGCAAAGGUAGGGCUGUCACCAGCAAACCUAAAGUAAAGGCCAGGCUGAGGUCCCGCUGUGUAGUGGAGCUAAGUCGUUUCUGUCAGGGACUCGGGCAAAGCUUCCUUUAAAAGAAAAACUGUGUUAGCCACCUUACAUGGACAACACAAACUGCUGAAAUGGGAAACACAGCCACAAAGAGAAAUGGGACUUCUACCAGUGACUUUUUGGUGAGGAUUAAGGAAGAUUCCAGGAAGUCUUUGUGACUCUUAAUCAGCAGGUGGUAUCUAACCAGUAUCAACUAUAGGAGGCCUAAGUUUCUAUGGCUUUCUCAUCAAAUAUUUUAAUCAAAUCCUGAUUUUUAGAAACCGUUCUAAAACAAACAGUCAAUUGGAAGUUUGUAUCACUCUAGUUCCUGUUCUUAAACAAUCUGAGAUUUUUCUCAUUAGCCCAUAUGUAUCACUUUAUCCCCAUUUAAAAUGGCCAUACUUGAAUCUCUCUUGCAAAACUACUGAGAGGCCCUUCAAAGCCUGCAUUUGCUGAAAAUAGUAUUAACUGACCAGCUUUAUUAUCUUGUGAUAACAAGAAGUUUACAGCUAGUGAAAAGAUGGACUCUAUUAAGACAAAAUAGACUGCAGACCUCUUGGUUUUUAACAUCGCUACUUAUGAUGCUUUAAAUGUAUUUUGAAAUGAACAAUUCCUUUUAACUCUAUUUUUAAUUGUCUUUCAAAGAGGACCUGCCUUACACAUGCUUUAAAAACUAUUCCUUCAAUUAAGUACAGCUCAAUUUUUGGCCAAGAGGUACAUUCUGAACAGCUGGGUUGAGUUAUGAGUGUAUUUCACAUGUUCUGUUUCUUUAAAAAGGACUGAUAUACGUGAUAUCACGAGUUCCAUUGUUUGUGCAAUAUUCCGACAUUUACUACAUAGAGGAAAGAAAGUACAUGAAGUAAUUUUAAAACAAUUGUACCUGGGGCAGACAGCCUCUUAAAGUUUCUUUGGGCUUUGUAACUUCAUGGUCUAAAGAACGUUUCUUAAAGUUGUUUUAAUGCUAGUACUGCAUGUUAGUUAGGGCUGCACUCUGUAAAUUCAAAUGAUUAUGAGCUCAUAACUACUGUCCAACUCUAGACGACAAACGUCAGAAGAAAGCUAAAAGGCCAUCACCCCAAUGAAGAAAUCCACACUGAUCUAUUCUUUUCAAACCCUAGCUUAUUAAGGCUUGAAUCUUUGAAAAUCUUUUUAUCAGUGUCAUUCUUUAAAGAAUGUUAAGUCCUCUUGAAGGAUAAAAUUGCACAAGCACAGGACGCCAUGAUCUGUUAAUAUAUGUCUCAGUGUGUUCAGUGUUAGGCUUUUCUACCCUGUAGACACUAAUGUGGGGCAAGUAGGUUUGCAAGACCCGCACGGGAACGCACCUCGUGACCAGCUGAACCGCAGCGUGUAUGACAGUUCACAGAGGUUAAUGCUGAACGUAAACUAGAAGUUAGAACUGUUGUAGUUCCUUUGUUUUUGCUGUAAUUUAUGCAACUGCUUUUUGUGACUUAGAAAAGGGAACACCUGUUAUUUUAUUACUGUAAAACUUAACCAAAAUUUGGUGAAUUUCACUAGUCAGUCUACCUCACAUUUUGUUUAUGAUUUAAAGUUGUCUUGUGUCAACAGUGUGUUCUUGUCUUUUCAUUUAAUUUGGUGAAUGUAUUAAAAU